ACCAACCUGCUGUGGUCAUGUGACAAAGUGUAACUGAAGCGUACCAGUACACAGGUAGAUACUGGCGUGGUGAGGUGAGGCGUGGCAUUCAGUGCUGGAGGUGGAUUCGUGCAGUAUUCGGUCGCAUCUGACAUUAUCCCAUACGGACAAGCAAUACCAGCAGUAAAAAAGAGGUAAAAAGAACAUCAUCAUCUCGUGAUUGCUGGAGGAACUACAGUGAAAGGUCCAAGGUCCUCGGGUACUGACAAAGUACCUCUUGCUCAUCCCUAAUUGUCAGUGCCGGAGAACGAGAGUAUACAGCCAUUCCAGGUGCAGGAUGCGUUCCAGUCGAGAAUGUGAGGUAGAAGUUGCUAUGUCAGAUUUGAUGGAGUCUGGGGACUCUGAGCAUGGUGAAAUGGAACGGAAAGAGAGAGAGAACAAUGGGCUUCCGAGAUAGAAUACCUGCUGUCCAUGAUUGGUUUCUGCGUAGCCCUUGGCAACGUCUGGCGAUUCCCGUACAUCUGCCAGAGAAACGGUGGAGGGGCGUUCUUGAUUCCUUUCAUCGUGUGUCUUGUGCUGUGUGGUCUUCCUCUGGUCUUUCUCGAGAUUGCUCUGGGGCAGUUUUCUGGAAUGAGUCCUUCCCACGUCUGGAGCCUGUGUCCUUUGAUGAAAGGUAUCGGCAUUGGUAUGGUGAUCAUAUGUGUUGGGUCUGCCGUCUACCUGAACGUAAUCUGUGGCUGGGCGAUGUACUACGCCAUAUCCUCUUUCAGUUCCGUCCUACCCUGGACGAACUGCAACAACACGUGGAACACUGACACUUGUGUUGCUGGUGUCGAGGCAUUGCACCAUAGACUAACUGGAGAGUACAAUGCCACAAGUGACUGGGUCAACAAGUCCUACAGCUUCAAUACUACUGACUUCAGCAGCACAACAUACAGUAGUGAGGAUUUACACAAUCAAUAUCGUACAGCAGCAGAAGAAUUUUGGCAUUACAAGGCACUGGGGAUUUCAAAGGGUAUCGACGAAAUUGGUUCGAUCAAGUGGGAGAUGGCGUUGUGUCUUCUGGCUUCCUGGUUCCUCAUCUUCAUAUGCGCGGUGAAAGGCGUGCGAUCUGUUGGAAAGGCCGUCUAUGUAACAGCAACCUUACCGUAUGUCAUCCUUACUGUUCUGCUCAUUCGUGGACUGACUCUACCGGGAGGAACCGAUGGAGCUGUCUUUUAUUUCACUCCGAACUUCAGUAAACUUCUGGAAGUACAGGUGUGGUUGGAGGCGUGUCUCCAGGUGUUCUACUCCCUGGGUCCGGCCUGGGGUUGUAUCAUCACUAUGUCAAGUUACACCAAGUUCAACACAAACUGUCUCAGAAAUGCGAUUGUGUGCACCUUUCUGUGUGAAGGAACAAGCAUGUAUGCUGGUCUUGUAGUCUUCACGAUACUUGGAUACAUGUCCCACGAGGCCAGUGUGCCGAUAACGGAAGUUGUGUCAUCAGGACCUGGAUUGGGCUUUGUUAUUUACCCAGAAGCCCUGGCUCAACUUCCAUUGCCACAGUUGUGGAGUUUUAUCUUCUUUGUCAUGAUCAUCCUAUUGGCGAUGGAUUCUCUGUUCUCGCAAGUUGAAACUUUCAUGACGGCAAUCUUGGAUGAAUACCACAGCCUAGUGAAAUGGAGAAUACCAAUCGCCGCCGUCUACUGCCUGGUGUCAUUUCUCGUUGGACUAGUAAUGACUACUCAGGGUGGAAUAUAUGUGUUCCAGCUUGUAGACUGGUACAUUGUGGCGCUCUUCAUUACAUUCGUUGCUUUGCUGGAAUGUAUCAUGGUGUCAUGGUUGUAUGGUAUUGACCGUUUCAGUGGCGACAUUCAACUGAUGAUUGGCAGACCAGCACCCCUAUUCUUCAAGAUCACAUGGUGUUACAUUACACCAGCAAUGCUCCUGAUGACUAUGGUUUUCACCUUCGCCCAGUAUAAAUCACCAACAUAUGGAGAAUAUGUGUAUCCUUAUUACUCGACUGUAAUAGGAUGGAUAAUCGCUUCCCUCCCCCUGAUGCCUGUGAUAAUAAUGAUGUUUCUCGCUAUUUACCGUGGGAAAGGAGGUGUUUUCCAGAGGAUCAAGAUGUCCCUGAAACCUGAUGACACAUGGGAGCCAUCUGAACCAUCUUACCGUGAAGAGUACAUCAAGAAACACAGAAGACCUUCCACUCUCAAAAGUGCCUUCAAAUCGUCGAUUUCCUGGAAAGGGUAGAUAAUCUCAGUUGGUGACCUUCUAGGCAAGAAGUAGGAACCAGUUUGUGCCGAAGUUCACUUUUUGCCUGCAUCGGAGUAUUUGCUUGGGGUGAAAAGUUGUUUCAACAGCUAUGCUGCGCUGCGCUCAUAACGCAUGCGCAGUGAAUAGGUUCGCGGAGCCUGAAACAGGAUGCAUGUCCCGAUUAUAAAGUCGUGAGCAGGAGUCUAAUCUUGGUUGUGUACACAGACAAGUAAAUAAUCUAAUCGUUACAUAAAAAACAUAUUGAUUGUGACAAGCAGCCUCUGUCACAGACAAAACUCAAUGUCUGUUUAAUUGGCACCUAUAUGUCUACCUGCCUGUCUGCUAAUGACAAUAUGCAAUACACAAUUUCAAUCACUGACCACAUGCAAUUUGAACUUUACACCUAUCGGACUUAUACCCCAUAAACAAAGAACCGGUUGAGCGUAUCGGCAAAUGAACUAGCCAAUGAAAGACUUUGUUACACUUGAGUGCUCGCCAACCCGCUCUGACUGGGUUCGGUAUCCCGGGUGCUUC